CAAGAAGGCUUUUCCAGCUCAUGUCCUGCCCAGUCAGUUCCUACUCUUGAUCCAUUCCUGUAAUGUCCAGAGUUUUCCUUUUGUGUCCAUCCUGUUGCCCCCCAGUUUGCGUGGAAGAAACAGCAGGGCCAAAUCCCAUCUGAAGCUACACAUGGCAGCAAAGGUAGGGUUUUGAAAGAUGGAAGGGUCUUUCUAAAGUGCCAUUCUGAAUUCCUGAGCAAUUGGAUUUCCUUGGACAGAAACCCAUCACUUCUGACUGGCUAGAGUGGAGCUAGUUUUCCUGAGAUUCUCUCCCUGGAGCUCAGAGAAGACAUUGUGUGGAGAUCUCUAAGGGAGCAAGCCAAGAAUAUUUAGUCUUAAAUCAGGGAAGAGAAACUCAACAACCCCCCCUCCCCAGUCUGGUGUGAAGCUCUGGGGGACGCAGGGAUUCCAGAUGUAGAAAACGGAUGUUGUGAAUGAAAAAUGACAAUUAUUCCCUGUUAACAUUUGCCUAUUCUGGAUCAGUGAUGCCUGAGUUCUCCUGACAGUGCAUUCUGGAAGAUGGGAGUGGACAAGAUUUGCCUUCUCAGCCUCUUCUUGCAACUGGCAGGAGCAAUUCUGGAUAUCACUCUAAUGGCCAAUGUUCAGAGUCCCUCAUACACUAGCUUCUAUCUCUCAUGUGUGACGGGUGAGCGGAAUGCCAGCCUACAGAUUGACAGAGACAACAAAAUUGUCAUGACACAUCCCAAAUCCAAGUCCCAGAUGUACAGGAACACCAGCCAUGAGGUGCAGAUGCGAGGAUUCUCCCGGGCAGACCUGGUGGGCAUCAUCUACUGCUUGGGGAAAACCCAGUCAGAGCAAACCAGGGUGGUGUAUGUACACAACAACAUGAAUGCCAACCUAAUCCCAGAAAAGGUGACCCAAACAGUCAGCCUCGACCAAACAGCUGUACUUGUUGCCAAGAUAAAGUACAGGAAGAAUGCCGACAUCUUGUGGAAAAGGAAUGGGACCUACCAUGACAUCAUGGACCAGGGAGAAGUGAAGGAGGGUCAGUCCACGCUGACCUUGCCAACUGUUAGCCCAGCUGACAGUGGGAUCUAUAGUGCCACAUUCAUAGGGGACAGCCCCCUGUCAAGUGCCUUCUUCAGACUGAUUGUGCGAGGCUGUGUAGCCAAGAAAUGGGGAUCCACUUGUGACAAAGACUGCCCUGACUGCCUGAAUGGCGGUGUUUGCCACCAUAUUGUGGGAGAAUGCAUCUGUCCACCAGGUUUUAUGGGCACCCGCUGUGAGAAAGCUUGUAAAGAAGGCAUGUUUGGCCGAAACUGCCAGGAGAAGUGUCGUAAUGAGCAGGGCUGCAGAGGUCUGGCCUUUUGCCUGCCUGACCCAUAUGGUUGUUCUUGUGCCACUGGAUGGAGUGGGCUACAGUGUGAUUCAGCCUGUUCCUCUGAGAAGUAUGGCCCCAACUGUGCUCUGGAAUGUCGUUGUGAGAAUGGAGGCACCUGUAAUCGGUUUAGUGGUUGCAUUUGCCCAUCUGGGUGGCAUGGACAGCACUGUGAAAAGUCAGACCGGAUACCUCAGAUCAUCAACUUGCCUUCUCAUCUGGAGUUUAAUGUAGGCUCUCAGCCUGUAGUUACCUGCAUAGCAACAGGCAACCCACCCCCUGUGCGUGACAGCAUUGAACUGCGCAAGGCUGAUGGAACAGUGAUCAUGCCUACAAAAGCCAUAAUGGAAAAGGAUAUGACAACCUGUGAAUUUCAAGUUCCACCACUAACCCUCUCUGACACAUGCCUCUGGGAAUGCCGAGUCUCAACUACUGGGGGGCAAGAUAGUGGCAAGUUCAAGGUCACAGUGAAAGUGCCUCCCAUGCCACUAAGCCCUCCCAUGCUCCUGGCCAAGAAGAGUCGGCAGCUCGUAAUAUCUCCUGUGGGGCACAUUUCAGGGGAUGGACCCAUCAUCUCCAUCAAGGUUCUCUACAAGCCCCAAACUGGCACAUCUCCCUGGUCAUUCAUUGUAGUUGACAAUGUCCAGAACGUCACCUUGACGAACCUGCUACCUGUCACUACUUACCUUGUUAAAGUUCAGCUCACACGCCCUGAAGUUGGAGGAGAGGGAGCACCUGGCCCUGUGGCUAUCAUGGUAACAGAGUGCCAAGAGCCAACAGCCAAGCCUGUGAUUAAAAGUUCGUUCUUUGAAGAGAGCCACAAUCUUUGUGUAAACUGGAAUUUGCCCAAGAGUGACACUGUGGGCUCUGGAUACCUUGUCCAGCUCUAUGACUCACCCAAAGAACUUGUACGUAAGAAGAACAUUACUUCCAUGACUGUGCAGUCUGCCUGUAUCCCAAACCUUAAAUUCAACAAGGAGUAUAACCUGGAAGUAUUAGUGUAUCAUUGUGCCAGCCUGGGACCACCAUCUGAACCCUACAAAGUCAAGAUCAACAGCAAAGGCCCCUCAUCCCCACAGUCUCUCAUGGUGGAGCCCCUCGCUGACAGCAGUGUCAAGCUCACAUGGCUGCCCCCGGAAUACCCCAAUGGUGGCAUCAACAAAUACAUUGUAGAGGUGCAACAGCUGGGGGGUACCAACGAACCACAAUGGGUGGACACAGAAAAUGGCUGGGAGACCACAAAGCUCAUCACGGGGCUCAACACCAGCACGUUGUAUCAGUUCCGAGUGCGAGCCAACUCUUACGUACCAGGCGAGUGGAGCAAACCUGUGAGAGCUGAGAUCUUGGGUGAUGGAGCACUGAGCCAAGAACCCACCCUGGAGAGCAAGAACUUGCCUCCUUCCAACGUGGACCAGCAGCUGCUGUUUGCCAUUGUAGGCUCUGUCUCUGUCACCUGCCUGACCAUCUUAUUUGCUCUUCUGGCCCUUUUCCUCAUCAAGAAGAACUUCUUCCACCGGCGCCGGACAUUCACCUACCAGUCAGGCUCUCUUACCUCAAUUGCUGCAAAUGGAGUUCAAAGCACAAAAGGGGAAGAGACCAUCCUGCAGUUCAAUUCAGGCACAUUGACCCUGACACGCCGGCCCAAGCCACAGCCUGAACCUCUUAGUUAUCCCAUCCUGGAGUGGGAAGACAUCAAGUUUGAGGACAUGAUAGGGGAAGGGAACUUUGGGCAAGUCAUCCGGGCCAUGAUCAAGAAAGACGGUUUGAGAAUGAACGCAGCCAUUAAGAUGCUGAAAGAAUUUGCCUCUGAGAAUGACCAUCGGGACUUUGCUGGAGAGCUGGAAGUUCUUUGCAAGCUGGGCCACCAUCCUAAUAUCAUCAACCUGCUGGGAGCCUGUGAGAACAAGGGAUACCUAUAUAUUGCUAUUGAAUAUGCACCUUAUGGGAACUUGCUAGACUUCCUACGCAAGAGCCGAGUCCUGGAGACAGAUCCUGCCUUUGCAAGAGAGCAUGGAACAGCCUCGACCCUCACAUCCCAGCAGCUCUUGCAGUUUGCAUCUGAUGUAGCCAAAGGCAUGCAAUACUUAAGUGAAAAACAGUUUAUUCAUAGAGACUUGGCUGCCAGAAACAUCCUAGUAGGGGAAAACCUGACUUCCAAGAUUGCUGAUUUUGGCUUGUCCCGAGGGGAGGAAGUUUAUGUAAAGAAGACGAUGGGCCGUUUGCCAGUUCGCUGGAUGGCCAUCGAAUCCUUGAAUUACAGUGUAUACACAACCAAGAGUGAUGUGUGGUCAUUUGGGGUCCUCUUGUGGGAAAUUGUCAGCCUGGGAGGGACACCAUACUGUGGCAUGACAUGUGCUGAGCUCUAUGAAAAGCUGCCCCAAGGAUACCGCAUGGAGAAGCCCCUCAAUUGUGAUGAUGAGGUGUAUGAGCUGAUGCGACAGUGCUGGCGGGACCGGCCAUAUGAACGUCCACCUUUUGCUCAGAUCUCAGUGCAGCUCAUCCGCAUGCUAGAAGCUAGGAAGGCCUAUGUGAACAUGGCUUUGUUUGAGAACUUCACUUAUGCAGGGAUCGAUGCAACAGCUGAAGAGGCAUAAUUGAACUGAGCUCUGGCUCUUCCACUUCUAUACAGAAAGAGGAUACACAUGAAAUCGGAUCCUUAUGUAUAUAUACCUCAUGGCCAACCCGCCAUCUUGUUAUGCAGACUGUGCUGGGCACAGAGCAUAUUUGGACACAGCUAGUCUAGAGGAUAUUGCACAGACCCAGCCAACAUGCCAACUUCUCUUUCCUUUGCCACAGAUGCCUGUGCAGCACACAUCACAAAUAAUCAAGACUCCAUAAAACAACAAGUCAUAGAACUCAUGAGGAGAACACAGAGCUGUAAAAAAAUGUGCCAGUGGCUCAUCUUUGUCAAUAGCUCAUACUGCCAUUUCCACACACUGAACUGGAUGGAGCUUCCUAUGCAAUUUCCAGCCUACCUGUAUGUUGGAUAAUGUGAAAUAUGUUCUCUGAAAGAGGAAAUAGGCUAGAUGUGGAGCAGCCUUCAGCAGCUGCAGACACCUCUGCAAAGAUACUGAUGGUUUCAAAAUCCACAUGGAGAUGAAGAGAGAAGGACCAAAGAAAACAUGGUGGAAUCAAUGAAACAGGAGAUCCCUUGUCCUCUAUAUGCAUGUACAAACUGUAGACAGGCUGCAGCUGUUCUCGUAGGCAGAGGGAGGUGUCUACUUCAGGAGGCAGCAAGUGGUUGCAAGGGGGUAGGAUUAGAGAGUAGUAUGGGCUAUGUAGUCUAUACUGUACACUCCAAGUUGGCCUGUUGCCCCCAAAGGUUUGCUGUGCCAGUCCCAGGGUUGAGAAAAGGUUCAACUACCACUCCCGUUAGCUCCGAACAUUGAAGGAAUGGGAUAUGUCAUUUUAUCCUUCACAACAGGCAGGAAAAUACCUUGGGUCAGAACUGCCUAUGGUCCUGCCAUACAAAUCUUAGCCAGAAUUUACCUGCAGCCUGCCUGGCAAUCUUUUGGAAGCAAAGGAAUAAAGGUCACUCACACCCCCUUUCCUACUCCCUCCAGGCUUCCUUUAUGUGGGAGAAGGCAGGAAUGUAAAGAUGUUAGCCAUUCCCUGUGCCCAGCCACUGGGCAGAGAACAGUAUCUCUUCACGUGUGAUCUGCAAAGCUGCCACAGUCACUGCCAUUGCUGAGAACCGUUCCUUGAAAACAGCUGCCAGACAUAGUAGACAGUGCUGGGCUUGGUGGACAAAAUCUUGCAGGACUGGCCUGUGCUCACUGCACUGUAUUUCAUGUCUACCUGUCUUUUGCCAUGUUCUUGUUCAGGACUUGUUUUUUCUCUUUAAAGGGCAUUACUGCACAAAGCUUUCGAAAGAGCAGCCACUCCAUUGCUCUGACCUGUAAUACCUUUGAGUGUACUUCUGCUCAAGGAGCAAACUCCCCUCUUCUGUUUCUCUGUUUUUCCCACUUUUCACAGGCUCAUCUUGCUGCUCCCCCUGUUGCUAGAGGGUGAUAUGUGUGUUGAAACCUGUUUUAAAAACUGGUUGAAUAUCUUAAAACAAAAGAAGCAGUCAGCUGGA